AUGUCCUUCGGUGGAAUCUCUUCUCUGACCCAGAACAAUGUGUCAAGUUCUGCCAAACGUUUGUCUGAUGUAACUGUGAAAGUCCCUGGGGAAGCCAACAUCUCCCUUACCCAAGGUGUUAUAAAGAAUUUACAAGAUAUUGAUUCUGCAUCUUCACAAGAUCAUAUUCCAAAAUUAGAAACAAUCUUUCAUAUAGCAAGAUAUCCCUUAACUAUUGAUAUCCAAUCUCCACUCAAAGAAAAAGUGGUGCCUCUGUCUCCUAUACCAUCUAUAGGAAAAACCUUUCCAUUCAGCAAAGUGAAAAAUGGCACACAGGGAGCCCUUCUUCAAAAAAAUGAAGCAGGAGCUGCUAAAAUACUCUCAGACUAUGAACUACAGAUUCAAGCAGAUAUCACAAGGAAUACCUCCGCUCAAGAAGACAUGGGCACAAAGCUGCAUGCUAUUCAACAGAGCCAUACCUCAACUGAUCUGACACCUUCUGGAAAAUAUCUUGGGAUUUCAGCUACCCAGACUAAUUCUGACCAUGGUUCUAAAGCAAAGCAUUUGAGACAGUCCGUAUGGACCACACUGUCUUCUUUCCAUUGGAAAACAUCAUUUUCUCUUCGUGUAAAUCAGCGUAGCCAGGCACUAGAGAGCUCUGUGCAGUCAAGAAUUUCAGGAAGGACUGCUUCAUUCAGAAAGCCUUAUGCCUCAGGUGUAAACCAUUUGGCAAUUGACUGGAGAUCACUUAAUAAGCAACUCAACUGUGCACAUAUGCCAUGUUUCCCUGGUGUGCCCUGUGAAUCAACAAAGGAUCAGGCAUUCAAAUGUGGACCCUGCCCCUUUGGAUACAGUGGCGAUGGAAUACAGUGUUAUGCACUUUGUGAUCCACUGUGUGAAAAUGGAGGGACCUGUAUCAGUCACAAUAUCUGUUCCUGUGCAUAUGGAUUUGUUGGCUCAAGAUGUGAAACAC